CGCAGACGCUUAACUGACUGAGCCACCCAGGCACCCUGUAAUGGCAGAUUAAGCUUUAAGUAGGCCAUGGGGGAUCAGGACUUACCUGGCGUGUUGGUGUCUGGAUUGGAGGGAUCUUAUGGUAUAUGUGAAGAUCAUGUUGGAGAUCUGCAGAAACACUUUAAUCUCAUUACCUUGCAAGAAUUUUUGGAAAAUAAAAUGCAAUUUGGCCCAAAGAUCCAAGCUGUAUAUAUCUGGGGAGGAAGGCCAGCUAUUGACCAGGAGCUCCUGGGGAGCCUGCCCUCCUUGAAGAUAAUUGCCAGCGCAGGAGUAGGUCUCGAUCACCUGGACCUGAAGCUCAUCGCCAGCUUUGGUGUGAAGGUAGCCAACACACCACAGGCCGUGUCCAGCCCCACGGCCGACAUGGGGAUGGCUUUACUGCUGGCGGCCGCUCGCAGGGUCGUGGAAGGUCAUAUGUUGGCCAGUGCACCAGAUACAGAGAAAUUUUCUACAAAUUGGAUGGGUCAAGAGGUGACGGGGGCCACUCUGGGACUCAUUGGCAUGGGCAGCAUUGGUUAUAAGAUUGCUCAGAGAGCCAAAGCAUUCGAAAUGAAGGUUCUGUAUCACAACAGGAGACGCAGGAAAUUAGAGGAGGAGGAAGCUGUUGGUGCCACUUACUGUGAGAGUCUGGAUGACCUGCUUCGGCGAUCAGACUUCGUGCUGUUGGCUGUGAGCCUGACACCCCAGACCCAGAGGCUGAUUGGGAAGAGGGAGCUGAGUCUGAUGAAGCCCACGGCCAUUCUCAUCAACAUCGGCAGGGGUCUGUUAGUCGAUCAGGACGCGCUGAUGGAGGCUCUUCAGACUGGGGUCAUCAAAGGGGCAGCGCUGGAUGUGACGUACCCGGAGCCCCUGCCCAGAGAUCAUCCUUUAUUGAAGUUGAGGAACAUCACUCUGACACCUCACAUUGGAAGUGCUACUCACCAAGCCAGACGACAGAUGAUGGAGAAUCUGGUGGAAAGCAUCCUGGCUUCUCUCAAUGGCCUUCCCAUUCCUAACGAAGUGCUACUUAAAUGAUCUUAUGUGGGCUGAUCAGUGCGA